GGAACCGUCUCAGGGUCGGGGGGUGGGGGGGAAAGAUGGCCGAGCUGAUGCUCCUCAGUGAGAUCGCGGAUCCGACGCGUUUCUUCACCGACAACCUGCUGAGUUCGGAGGACUGGGACAGCACCUUGUACGCUGGCCUGGACGAAGUGGCCGAGGAGCCGCCGCAGCUCUUCCGUUGCUUGGAACAAGAUGUCCCGUUCGACAGCAGCUCCAUGGAUGUGGGAAUGGACGCCAGCCCCCCAGAGCCCCCUUGGGACUCUCUGCCUAUCUUUCCAGAUGUUCAGGUGAAGUCGGAGCCGUCCUCCCCCUGCUCCUCUUCCUCCGUCAGCUCCGAAUCAUCACAGCUGUCCUCCGCAGAGCCCUCCAGCCAGGCCCCUGGGGUAGGGGAGGUGCUGCAUGUGAAGACAGAGACCUUGGCACCCCCACUCUGCCUCCUGGGGGAGGACCCAGCAUCGCCAUUUGAAAUCGUCCAGAUCACUGUGGGCUCCUCCUCUGAUGACCCAUCAGAUGUCCAGACCAAGGUGGAACCUGCCUCUCCGUCCCCCUCUGCCCACUCCGAGUCGUCCCUGCUUUCGGUGGAGUCCCCCGGCCAGGCUUGUGCAGACGAGGAGGUGCUGGAAGUGAAGACCGAGUCCCCGUCCCCUCCAGGGUGCCUCCUCUGGGAUGGCCCGGGCCCAUCCCUCGGAGCUGUCCAGAUCAGCAUGGCUCCAGCCCCAGAGAGCUCCGCAGGCAGAGCCCCGCCUGCGCGGAAGCCGCCCCUGCAGCCCAAACCCGUGGUGCUCGCCGCCGUCCAGGUGCCGCCCAGCACCGCUGUCCUGCUGCAGCCGCUCGUGCAGCCGCCCACAGGGUCCCCGGUCGUCCUCAUCCAGGGUGCUAUCCGAGUCCCACCUGAAGGGGCGGCGCCUGCAGGCCCAGGUGCUCGACCGGAAAGGAAGAGCAUCGUCCCAGCGCCCACGCCCGGGAACCCCGGCCCGCCGGAAGUGGACGCGAAGCUGCUGAAACGGCAGCAGCGGAUGAUCAAAAACCGGGAGUCGGCCUGCCAGUCUCGGAGGAAGAAGAAGGAGUAUCUACAGGGGCUGGAGGCGCGGCUGCAGGCGGUGCUGGCCGACAACCAGCAGCUGCGCCGGGAGAAUGCCGCCCUCCGGCGGCGGCUGGAGGCCCUGCUGGCAGAGAACAGUGAACUCAAGUUGGGGUCUGGAAACCGGAAGGUGGUCUGCAUCAUGGUCUUCCUCCUUUUCAUUGCCUUCAACUUCGGGCCUGUCAGCAUCAGUGAGCUGCCUCGAGCUCCUGCCUCGCAGACAGGCAGCCAGGAGCCUCGGGCACAGAGGCACUUGCUGGAGUUCUCGGAGUGGCCACCGGUUCAGGGGUCAGAGCCCUUGCAGGGGUCUCCCCAGGGCCCAGAGGAGCUGCAGCCCAGCCCGGCAAUGGUAGCACAGCCCAGCUUCAGGAACCUCACAGCCUUCCCUGGGGCUGCCAGGGAGCUGCUUCUGAGAGACCUGGACCAGCUCUUUCUCUCCUCCGACUGCCGGCACUUCAACCGAACCGAGUCCCUGAGGCUUGCUGACGAGCUGAGCGGCUGGGUGCAGCGCCACCAGAGAGACCGGCGGAAGAGCCCCCAGAGGACCCCGGAGAGACAGAAGCCUCAGCCACGCAAGAAGCUGCUCCCAGUUAAGGCUGUCCCCACCCAGCCUCCAGGGCCCCCGGAAAGGGGUCCUGUGGGCCAGCUGCAGCUGUACCAGCGCCCCGACCGCUCGCAACCUGAGUUCCUGGAUGCUAUUGACCGGCGGGAGGACACCUUUUAUGUUGUCUCCUUCCGGAGGGACCACUUGCUGCUUCCAGCCAUCAGCCACAAUAAGACCUCCCGGCCCAAGAUGUCCCUGGUGAUGCCUGCCAUGGCCCCCAAUGAGACCCUGUCAGGCCGAGAGGCCCCAGGAGACUAUGAGGAGAUGAUGCAGAUUGAGUGUGAGGUCAUGGACACCAGGGUGAUUCACAUCAAGACCUCCACAGUGCCCCCCUCGCUCCGAAAGCAGCCAUCCCCAGCCCCAGGCAAUGCCACAGGUGGCCCCCUGCCAGCUUCUGCAGCCAGCCAGGCCCACCAGGGCUCCCACCAGCCCCUCUACCUCAAUCACCCCUGACCUCUGCCACUCACGGACUGGGACAGCCAGGGUGCAGUGGGACCACAGGACUGUUUUGAACAGUUGGUAAAGGGAAGACAGGGUUUGGGAUUAAGUGCUUAUUGGAGGUAGGGUGGGUCACUGCUCCUUCAACCCCAUCUGGAAUAUAGAUCUUGCUGUGGCCCCCAAGCCCUGCCCCCAUUGUGGUUACUGAGCCAGGUUCAGUUUGGGGUGGGGGAGGCUUUCACUUGCUCUGUCCUUCUGUUCCUCGGGGGUGGCACUGGGCCAUGGGUCCCCAGGUGGAACAAGGGAAGUUUUUAUAUUUUGGAGUUAAUAGGAAUAAAGGAAGGUAGUGGAAGGA